AUCGAUGCUCUCAGACUCGGUGUAUGUGCAAAUGUCUUAAGCAGUCUACUUAACGUGCAAUUGGGUCAGCCAUCGUCUCAAUCAUGUUGUUCGCUCAUCCAAGGUUUGGUUGACCUCGACGCUGCCAUUUGUCUCUGCACUGCUCUUAGGGCUAACGUUCUUGGCAUUAACCUUAACGUUCCAAUAUCCCUCAGCGUUCUUCUCAACGUUUGUAACAGAAAGCUUCCAUCUGGUUUCCAAUGUGCUUGAACAAUAUCAGCUAUGCAUACUACU